AGAGCGGCGGGGGUAGAGUUUGGGUUGUGACAGAAGUCAGGUCGUGAUCGUCACGGAGACACUCAGGUAAGUCAUUACUCCGACAGUCAACCUUGACCCUGGGUGUUAGACUAUCUGCUUUUCACAAAUACAAGGAAAGAGGGCAUCAGAGUCAUGUUUCAGUGCUGUUUUGGGAAAUAUCAACUGAGGUCAUUCCUGAGAAGGCUGUUUAGCUUGUGUGUUUAGUAGAAAUAUAUAAGAAAAUGUUUCUUUUCUUCUAUUUAUCCAAUUUUUGCAAUGUACUGGUCCCUAUAUGUAGCUCAUGAUAGAUUAACCAGAGAUGAGUAGUAGGCUGGUUUGACGUGCCUUUCUUGAUAGUGUUUUUUGUUUUGUUUAUACGUAUACCUGAUCAUGUCACUCUGACACUGACUUGGAGUUACUUUUGUGUUAUUUGCAUGGUACAUCUCUGCUGCACGCAAAGGAAGUGGGCCGUUUGAAGAGUGUUUUCUGGAGAAAGCAUGAAAGCUCUGAUCGUUUCGUUGUUGGGGUUGCGGUUGGUCAUGGGGAUGGGUCACUGGUGUGAGCACACACUGGAGGAGCGGGUGGAGAACGUCAUAUCCCCCCGUUUGCAGCGUGAAGUGGACUGCUCUGAGGUCUACCAGUACAACACUCAGGACUGGAGGCUGGAUGUGGACAGAAUGCGCCAUGAGCACGGGGGGGAUGACGGCAUUGCACUUUACUACCGACAGCAGGGCCCCAGAGCAUCGUGCUAUGUUUUCAAACCUCCGGAGAUUGAGAAUGUGUGGGUGAACAGGACAGUGAGGGGCUGCUGUGAAGGCUGGGAUGGACCUCGAUGCUCACAAGGUGUCGGUGUGAGAGGCCAGUGCUUCUCCACGUGGAGCUGUGAGGAGUUCCCGGGCGUGGCCAACUCUUCCCUGAUGGCCCUGGAGGAGUGCUGUGGCACCCUGUGGGGUCUAAGCUGGAGGAACGCCUCCGACAGCACCUGCCUGUCCUGCACCUACACACUCAUGCCAGACUCCCAGUCGACACCUGUCCUGCGAGGGGGGGCUCUGCUGCGGUCUGUGCGUGCCCCCCAGGGCUCGGCCACCUGCGUGACGUGGGGUGGGGCGCACUACCGCACCUUCGACCGCAGGCACUUCCACUUCCAGGGCAGCUGUACCUACGUGCUGGCCUCCUCCACCGACGGCACCUGGGCCAUCUACAUCAGCACUGUGUGUGCAGGACAGGGACACUGCAGCAAGGCCCUGCGGUUGAUGCUGGGUCUGGACCUGCUGACCGUUCUCCAGGGGAACACGACUCUGAACGGCGUCACAGUACCACAUGGAGAACCAGUCUUCCAAAAUGGUGUGACUGUGCAUUGGCUGGGGGACUUUGUGUUUUUGGAGAGUGGACUCGGUGUGCGGGUGAAGUUCGACAUGGACAAUACUGUCUACGUGACGGUGACAGCAGACAACCUGGGCAACACCAGAGGCUUGUGUGGUGUCUACAACAACAACCCCAACGAUGACUUUACGCUGGCCAGUGGGAGUGUGUCUGCGUACGCCGCCAGCUUUGGGAACUCGUGGCGGGUGGCUGAUAAGCAAACAGAGGGUUGUAGUGAUGCAGCCGAGUUGGGCCACAGUUGUGACAUCACUGGCAGGAUUGCUCUACGUGGAGAGGCGGAGUCGGCCUGCCACAGGCUUCUGGAGACGCCCUUCUCACAGUGUCACCAUCGAGUGGAUCCAGCAGUCUAUGUGGACUCCUGCCUGUACAUGUUCUGCAGUCUCCCCAGCAGUGAGAGAGAGGGCGGCGUGUGUCAGACACUGGCCAGCUACGCCCGAGAAUGUGCCCAACAGCACGUCAUCAUCAGCUGGCGCCGCCCUGGCCUGUGUGGACGAGUGUGUCUAAGGGGUCAGGUGUUUUCAGACUGUGUGUCCUCCUGUCCCGCCAGCUGUUCCUCCCCCCUGCCCCCUGCCUCCGGCCAGUGUCGAGAGGAGUGUGUGGGGGGAUGUGAAUGCCCCCCAGGACUGUUCUUGCAGGGGGGUGAGUGUCUGAAGAGGGAGGACUGUCCCUGUUUUCACCGCCGACGGUCCUACAAGGCAGGGGACACCAUUCAGCAGCAGUGCAACACAUGUGUUUGUUCAGCUGGUCAGUGGCAGUGCUCAGGGGAGAGAUGUGCAGCUCAGUGCUCCCUCAUUGGUGGACUGCAGGUCACGACCUUUGACAAGAAGAAAUAUGUUCUUCAGGGAGGAGACUGUGGCUUCACUGCAGUAGAGGACUUUGUAGACAGGAAACUGGAGGUGACGGUGCGUGUUGGAGAGUGUGUGGUUGGAGGAGGUCGAGGCUGCCUGAGAGAGAUGUCUGUCACGGCCCUGCGCACCACAGUCAUUGUCACGGAGACUGGUGCUGUGAGCGUUAAUGGACGGCUGGAGGUGUUGCCAGUGGUGACGGGGGACCUGGUGGUGCGGAGAGCCUCCUCCAUGUUCCUGCUCAUCCAGGCGUUCGGAGCCCAGGUGCUGUGGUUCCUGGAGGGGCCGCUGGCUCUCAUCACCCUGCAGCCGGGCUUUGCCAAGAAGGUUCGAGGGCUGUGUGGCACACUGACCUGGAGUCAGCACGAUGACUUCACCACGCCGGAGGGAGACGUUGAGAGCAGCGUGGCGUCCUUCGCCAGCAAGUUCACCACGGGCAGCUGCCCCGCCCCCCAGGGCAGCCCGGCCGACCCCUGCAGCACCUACACCCAGCGCCGCCACCAUGCAGAGAGUGUCUGUUCCGUCAUACACAGCACCAUCUUCCAGCCGUGCCAUGACGUGGUGGAUAGGGAGCCCUACAUGCGUCUGUGUCUGAACGAUGUGUGCAGCUGCGCCCCCAACAGGCCGUGCCAGUGUACUGUCUUCACUGCCUACGCCCGCCACUGCGCCCAGGAGGGGGUAGCCAUCAGCUGGAGGAACCACACCUUCUGCCCGGUGCAGUGCUCUGGAGGUCAGCUUCACCAGGAGUGUGGCCGCGCGUGUGGGGCCUCCUGCAGCGACCUGCGCCAGGGCUGGACCUGUGCUGGUGCCACCCCCAGCUGUGUGCCUGGCUGCCAGUGCCCGCAAGGCUUGGUGCAGGACGACGAGGGCCAGUGCGUGCCCGCCAGCAUGUGCCCCUGCCUGAGAGGAGAGCAGAUGUACCCGCCUGGCAGCACCGUCCAGAACAACUGCAACACGUGUGUUUGUCAGAGUGGGGGAUGGAAUUGCACCAAUUCUAAGUGUCCUGAGGUGACUCAGUGCCCUGGAUCUCUUGUCUACUCGCCCCGCUCCUGCCUCCGCACGUGUGCCAGCCUGGAUGCCCCCCUGGCACCCUGCGCCGAGCCCAUCUAUGGCUGCGUCUGCCCAGAGGACACCGUUCUGCUGGGCGAUCGCUGUGUCCCCCCCAAUGAAUGUCCUUGUCAUCACAAUGGCAGAAUGUACUUCGCCAACCAAACCAUCACCAAAGACUGCAACACCUGUGUGUGCCAAGCGAGACGCUGGCACUGCGGGCAGUCUCUGUGCGCUGGCACCUGCGUCGCCACGGGCGACCCGCACUACGUGACGUUUGAUGGGCGCUGCUUCUCUUUUCUGGGCGACUGUGAGUACGUGCUGGCCCAGGAAACCGGCGGCCUUUUCAGCGUCACUGCCGAGAAUGUGCCCUGCGGCAGCACCGGAGUCACCUGCACCAAGUCCGUCACCUUCACCGUCGGUAACACAGCCAUCCACCUGCUGCGCGGGAAGGCGGUGACAGUGAACGGCAUGCAGGUGUCUCUCCCUAAGUCCUACUCGGGCAGUGGGCUGAUGCUGGAGAGGGUGGGGCUCUUCGUCUCCCUCUCCUCACGCCUGGGGGUCACACUGCUCUGGGACGGAGGCAUGCGUGUGUAUGUGCGACUGGCACCCAGUCUUCGUGGCAGGGUUGGUGGGCUGUGUGGCAACUUCGACGGUGACACGGAGAAUGACUUCACCACUCGCCAGGGCAUUGUGGAGUCGACGCCUGAGCUCUUUGGAAACUCCUGGAAGGUCAGCCCGUCCUGCCCCGACGUCCAGGACCAGGACCUCAGAGACCCCUGUGCGAUCCAUCCUCACAGGGUGAUGUGGGCGAAGAAGAGGUGUGCGGUGGUCACCCAGGAGAGCUUUGGCGCCUGUCACGCAGAGGUGCCCUACCAGCAGUAUUACGACUGGUGUGUCUUUGACGCCUGUGGGUGUGACUCUGGCGGGGACUGUGAGUGUUUGUGUACGGCCCUGGCUGCCUACGCUGAGGAGUGUAACCGCCGAGGAAUCUACGUCCGCUGGCGAUCUCAGGAGCUCUGUCCACUGCAGUGUGAGAAUGGUCUGGAGUACCAGCCCUGUGGCUCUGCCUGCUCCUCCACCUGUCCCGGCGUCACCGCCAGCCCAGACUCUCACUGCGGGGCCCUGUCCUGUGUGGAGGGCUGCUUCUGCCCUGCUGGCACUGUCAGUCAUGGCUCCGGCUGCAUCCCCCCCUCUCAGUGUCCGUGUCAGUGGGAGGACUCUGAGUUUCCUCCUGGUGCCACCCUCACACAGCACUGCCAAAACUGUACCUGUGUGGGGGGUAGCUGGCAGCAGUGUGAGGGUGCCCCCUGCCCCCCCCCCUCGCCGUGUCUGGAGUCGGAGUUCCAGUGUGCCGGUGGGCGCUGUGUACCGUCCCUGUGGGUAUGUGACAACGAGGACGACUGUGGAGACGGCUCGGACGAGGUUUGCCCCACCACCUGCUCCCCAGGGCAGUUCCGUUGCCCCGGGGGCCGCUGCCUGCCCCAGGCCCUGCGCUGCGACGGGCACCCCGACUGCGCUGACCAGGCGGACGAAGAGUUCUGCGCCCCGCCCACGCCCCACCCCCUGUGCCCACCAGGGGAGUUUCAGUGUGAGAGUGGGCGGUGCCUGCCCACCAGCAGGGUGUGCGAUGGACGGCUGGACUGCGGCUUCGCCGACGACUCGGACGAGAGAGACUGUGGAGAAGUGUGUCGUGAGGGAGAGUUCCGUUGCUCCGGUGGGCGGUGUGUGUCUUACCUCCACCGCUGUGACGGCCAUGAUGACUGCGGGGACUUUAGCGACGAAAGAGGGUGUGUGUGUCCCUUCGGAGAGUUUCAGUGCCCAGGGGGCCAGUGUGUCGCACCUGAGAGAGUGUGUGACGGACACAAGGACUGUCCCUCAGGCACAGAUGAGAUCAUCUGCCCUGCUAAAGGUUGUGGGCGGCAUGAGUUCCGCUGUUCCAAUGGGCAGUGCACUCCUCUGGCGUGGCGCUGUGAUGGGGAGACGGACUGCCUGGAUGGCAGUGACGAGCAGCAGUGCCCUAAGAGGUGCCCGCCAGGCCAGUACCCCUGCCAGAGCGGAGGCCAGUGCAUCCUGUACCAGCAGCUGUGUGACGGGGAAGAGCACUGCAAGGACGGGUCAGACGAGAGUGUGAACACCUGUGGCUCGGUGCGGAUCCCGGCGUGUGUGGGCAGCUUCGCCUGUGAUAACCGCACGUGUGUGAACGCGUCGCAAGUGUGUGAUGGUGCACCUGACUGCCCUCACGGCGAAGACGAGCUGCUCUGUGACAAGAUAACUCCAACCACCGUUCCCCCCGGUGACAGGAACAACACUCACACCUGUCCUGAGUUCACCUGUCAGGAUGGAGGCUGUGUUCCCUUCAGAGCGGUGUGUAAUGGGGUCCCAGACUGCCCUGACGUGCCUCGGCCUGGGGGUCCCUCUGAUGAGCAGGGCUGCAGGAGCUGGGGCAUCUGGGGUCCCUGGAGCCCCUGUAGCCACUCGUGUGGGGCAGGCUCCAUGAUCCGCCACAGACAUUGCCCCCUGGGGGGCGUUCUGGGGUACUGCAGGGGAGAGGACUCAGAGCGACAGCAGUGCUUCAAGGACUCCUGUCCAGUUGAUGGAUACUGGUUGCCAUGGGUCUCGUGGUCUAACUGCAGUAAGGGGUGUGGGGGGGUGGAGGUGCGCCGGCGGGAGUGUGUGCCCCCCCAGAAUGGUGGCCGACACUGCAGUCAGCUUCCAGGAGAGACAGCCCUCGCCACCGAAAUCAAGCCCUGUCCUCAGGACGGCUGUGGCGGUAAUGUGUCGUGCGCAGCUGGUCUGGUGUGGCAUAACUGCAGCUCCUGUGCCCUGAGCUGUGCUCAUGUGUCCCGGGGAGCCUCGUGUCAGCAUCAGUCCAAGUGUUUCACAGGCUGCUGGUGUCCGGAUGGCCUAGUGAUGAACCAUGAACAGAAGUGUGUGUCGGCGGAAGAGUGUGUGUGUGAGGAGUCUGGGGUGCGCUACUGGCCGGGACAGAAGGUGAAGCUGGGGUGUGAGAUCUGCACGUGUGUGAGAGGGAGGCCGCAGGACUGCCAGCCCAACCCAGAGUGCGCAGUGCACUGUGGCUGGACGGCCUGGUCCCCAUGGGGAGAGUGUUUGGGGCCGUGUGGGGUGCAGAGCGUGCAGUGGUCCUUUCGCAGUCCCAACAACCCCAGUACCCAUGGCAACGGGAGGCAGUGCCGCGGAAUUUACCGGAAGGCACGGCGCUGUCAGACGGGCCUGUGUGAUGAGUGUGAGUUCCAGGGACUUUCUCAUGGUGUUGGUGACCGCUGGAGGACUGCCCAGUGUCAGAUGUGCCAGUGUCUGUCCAACCUCACGGUGCAGUGUGCCUACUACUGCCCAUAUACCAUGACUGGAUGCCCACAGGUGUGUGUGUGUGUGUGUGUGUGUGUGUGUGUGUGUGGCAAUACUACAAUCUCAGGAACAACUCCAGCCACUAUUCCAAUUAGUGCAAAGACCUCCAGUACACCAGGGGGCGCCAUUCCCACAAUUCCCACCUACCCUCUUCCUCCUGAAGAUGACUGCUGGGCUCCUUUGGGGGUUCAGUCUCUCCCCUCGGCCAGCUUCACUUCCUCGUCCCACCAGCAGGGGCACCCUCCCUGGGCAGGGCGUCUCCAUGGUUACGACUACCACAGUGACAUGCAGGGCUGGAGUCCAGAACCACACCAGUACCAUGACCUCCCACCAGGGGCACCAGUGGGACAGAGAGCCGGGAGGGAGCCGCCAUACCUGCAGAUAGACCUGCUGAAGUCCCACAACAUCACAGGCAUACUAACACAAGGAGGUGGGAUGUUUGGCACCUUUGUGUCUAGUUUCUACCUUCAGUUCAGCUUUGAUGGUAUGCAGUGGUUCACCUACAAAGAGCUCAUCACUGACGCCCGCCCUAAAGCCAAGGUGUUCCUGGGUAACCGUGACGACCGUGGGGUAGCUCAGACGCGAUUGGACAGGAUGGUGUCGGCUCGGUUUGUGCGUGUGCUGCCUCACGACUUUCAGAACGGCAUCUACCUGCGAGUGGAACUGAUGGGCUGUGAGUCAGGAUACCACUGGCUGUCCACCCCUGUUCCCUCUCUGUCUCCCAUCACCCCUAAGCCGUGCAGAGAGAGGGAGUUCCGCUGUGAGAAUGGACGCUGUGUUCCGGCCGGACCCGGGGGGGUCAUUUGUAACGGAGUCAACGACUGUGGGGACGGCUCAGACGAGCGCCACUGUGGUACCCAGUCAUCCACCACCCUUCGUCCCCAUGGGUGUGCCACAGGUCAGUUCUCCUGUCCACCACCAGGGGUCUGUAUUGAUGCAGCACAGCGCUGUGACGGGGUGACUCAGUGCCCUGACGGGGCGGAUGAGAAGGGCUGCACCCCCCCCAAACCCAUCACCCCUAGCCCUCUACCUCUCAGGACGCCUGGCGUUGCCCCAGUUACUGCUGCCAGGACCAGACCCUCCCCAACACCCACGGAAGGUGGACCUGGGUAUAGAAGAGUGUGCUCCUCAGCACUGGGUAUGGAGGAUGGCAGCAUCCACUACGGUCAGCUGACCUCGUCCACCAACCGUCCAAACAACCCUGCCGAUGGGGGACGUCUCAACGUCUUCCCUAACGUUCCUGUCAUGGAGCCCGGGUGGAGCCCAUUACCCAGCGACCCUCAUCCCUACUUCCAGGUGGACUUCUUGGAGCCCAUGUGGGUGACGGGCAUGGUGACCCAGGGCAGUGAGCGCAUGUGGGGCUACCUGACCAAGUACCGCCUGGCUGUUGCCCUGGUGGAAAGCCACUUCACCGACUACACAGACAGCGGCAGGAUAGGCGACACGCCUAAGGUGUUUGAAGUGCGGAUGGUAGGUAUGAAACCGGUGACGCGCUGGUUGAACAGACUGGUGAGGGCGCGGUACCUGCGUAUCAUACCAGUGGAGUACCGACAUACCUUCUAUCUGCGUGUGGAGAUCUUAGGCUGCAGAGAAGUUGACCUCGUGACCCCCAGUAGUGUGACGAGUGCAGCCCCAGUAGUGAUCACACCCUCGAGGUGUGUGAGCGGCACGUUUGCCUGCUCCAGCGGAGAGUGUGUCCCUGUCGCCGUGCUGUGUGACGGCCGCCCCGACUGCCUGGAUCACUCGGAUGAACUGGGCUGUGGCACAGGUUCCCCUGGGGUUCGGAACCAGACAGUAUACACAGGAAGUCCAGGAGUGCUGACCACACGAGCCCCUGGCGUCCGCCCAGACGUGUCUGUAGUGACAGGUGAACCGGGUGUGCACAGGGUCACCACCCCCAGAUCCAGAGUCACCCCAUCCUACUCCCCUGGGCUCCACACCCCUACGGCCUACACAGGACGACCAGGACUAAAGACCACACCAGGUCGUUUGGGCACCUCAACACCCCAUGAUGGUGGUUUACCCAGAGUGCUUUGCGUGGAGGGCCAGUUUGCCUGCCGAGUGUUUGGCUGCAUUGAUGCUGCGCUGGUGUGUGAUGGGCGGGAGGACUGCAUGGACGGCUCUGAUGAAGACCACUGUGGUAUGCCAACCCCUAUACCUGCGCCAGUCACACCUACCCCUCUAGGCCCCUCCCCCUGCUCAGACAAGCAGUUCACCUGCUCCAGUGGAGAAUGUGUGCACCUGGACAAGAGAUGCGACCUGCACAAGGACUGUGCAGACGGCUCGGACGAGACCAACUGUGUGGACUGCAUCAUGUCGGCGUGGACGCAGUGGAGUCGCUGCAGUGUGACGUGUGGUCUGGGCUCACUCUUCCGCCAGAGGGACGUGCUCAGGGACGCCAGGACUGGGGGGGCCUGUGGGGGGGCGCAGUUCGACAGCAGAGCCUGCUUCCUGCAGGCCUGUCCAGUGGAUGGGGCGUGGUCUGAUUGGACCCCCUGGUCCCCGUGUGAUGUGUCCUGUGGUGGGGGUCUGAUGGUGAGGAACCGCUCCUGCUCCAACCCCCCUUCCAAAAAUGGGGGGCACGACUGUGAGGGGAUGACCCUUCAGACUCAGACCUGCAACACGCAGCCCUGCGGCUCACACCCUCAGACAGGUUGUGUUAAUGGGAUGGUGGUGGUGAGUGAAGCGGACUGCCAGGGGGGUCUGGUGGAGCCGUGCCCUUUGACCUGCUCUGGACUUUCCUCCGAGAGGAACUGCAGCUCUAUCUGUGUCGCAGGAUGCCGUUGUCCUCCUGGUCUCUACAUGCAAGAUGGUGGCUGUGUGAAUGCCAGUCGGUGCAGGUGUUCACGGGAUGGCAUGGUCCUCCAACCGGGGGACAGCGUCACUAAGGGCAACUGCAGCACAUGUGUAUGCCAAGAUGGCCACUUCCUGUGUGACCCCUCCAGAUGUGUGGUAAGCUGUGAUUGGUCCGCUUGGUCGCCAUGGACACCAUGUGACAGCACCUGUGGGACUGGUUUACGCCAGCGUUACAGGUCUCCAGUGAAUCCCUCAGGAGGGGUGAGAGUUCAACCGUGCUCUGGAGAUUCCACUGAGGUGCGACAGUGCUACACGCCCUGCCUUCCAGAUGAGAAGGGGGCGCCAUGGAGCGAGUGGACUUCCUGGUCGGAGUGCAGUAAGACUUGCUUCCUUCAUGUGGAUGAUGUGGGGCUGAGGACACGCUUCAGGAGCUGCAACCACACAGACAGCACCCACUGCCUGGGGGAGGCUGAAGAGCAGGAGCCAUGCAACACCAAGUACUGCCCAGUGAAUGGUGGUUGGUCAGAAUGGUCUCCAUGGUCCCUGUGCUCGUCGGAAUGUGACUCUGGAGCACAGACUCGAGAGCGCCUCUGCAGUUCCCCCUCCCCACAGUAUGGGGGCGCCACCUGUCCAGGCCCACACAUUCAGACACGCGACUGCAACUCCCACCCCUGUUCAGGGUCCUGUCCAGAGGGCAUGACCUACCUGAUAAUGGAGCAGUGCCAGGCCCAGGGUGGCGCGUGCCCGCGUGUGUGUUUGGAUCUGACGGCCGCUGUGGAGUGUGCCACUGAGUGCUACGAUGGCUGCUACUGCGCCCCGGGCUUCUAUCUGUACAACAGCACGUGUGUGCCACUCAGCCAGUGCCCCUGCUUACACCAGGGGGCAGUCUACACACGAGGAACCACAGUGUCUCUAGACGCCUGCAACAACUGUACUUGUCAAAAUGGGGAGAUGGCGUGUGGAACAGCACCGUGCCCUGUGGACUGUGGUUGGAGUAGCUGGACUCAGUGGAGCGCGUGCAGCAGGACGUGUGACGUCGGCAUCCGGAGACGCUUUCGCUCGGCGACCGAUCCACUGGCGGCGUUUGGGGGACGGCCGUGCCUGGGGGACAGAGUGGAGCUGGACACCUGCAGUGUCAAACCCUGCCACGGUUCAAAGCAGCCCUGGUCUGCAUGGUCUGAGUGUUCUGUUCCGUGUGGUGGCGGGUACAGGAACAGAACCAGGGGUCCGUUCAGAACCCACGGAACCUCCCAGCAGUUCAGUGCCUGUAACCUACAGCCCUGUGGAAACAGUAGGACCUGUCCUGUGGGUCAGGAGUGGGCUGAGUGUGUGAGAGAGGCGGUCACCUGUGCUGAGAUCGGACAUGACCCAGACAGAAAUGCCACCUGCAAGCCAGGCUGCCAGUGCCCACUGGGACAUGCUCUACAGGCUGGAAAGUGUGUCCCUUUGCCUGAGUGUCUGUGUGAUGUGGAGGGGGAGCAGUAUCGACCAGGGGAUACAGUGGCCAAGGACUGCAACAACUGCACAUGCGAAUCAGGGAGGUUGGUAAAUUGCACCAAUCAUGACUGCAGUGUGGAUGGCCACUGGUCAGAUUGGAGCAGCUGGAGUCCAUGUUCUAUUAGUUGUGGUCCGGGUCUGCGUUCUCGCUACCGGUUCUGUUCCAGUCCAGAGAGAACCGGCCGUGGUGUGCCCUGCCUGGGCCCUCAGCGGCAGGAUCAGAUGUGUGUGUCGGCUCCUUGUGACCGUGAUGGAGGCUGGAGUGAGUGGACUCCCUGGACGGACUGUACCAAGUCAUGUGGCGGGGGGGUGCGGAGUCGCAGGCGCGAGUGUGACAGCCCCCCUCCUCAGGGUCAAGGAGACUACUGCGAGGGUCUGGCCUCAGAAAUCAUCACCUGCAACACUGACCACUGCCCAGUGUCUCCCUGCUCUGAGGUCCCUGGUACUGCCUUCAGCAGCUGUGGACCCUCAUGCCCACGCUUCUGUGAUGACCUGGCUUUCUGUGAGUGGCGCUGUGAGGCAGGGUGCUACUGCACUGGCGGUCGUGUUCUCAAUGCUAAUGGCUCUGUGUGUGUGGAGAGAGAUCACUGCCCCUGCCUGGACCUCAGCACAGGACUGAGACUCAACCCAGGGGAGUCUGUCCUUGCCUCGGACGGCUGCAACAACUGUACCUGUGAGGGAGGCAAAGUCACCUGCACGGAUAACCCAUGCCCAGUCUCUGGUGGUUGGUGUGAGUGGUCUAACUGGACCCCCUGCUCUAAGACGUGCGGUGCUGAGUUUGUGUCGCGCUACCGCAGCUGUGGAUGUCCGGAGCCAAGAGCAGGGGGAACUGCCUGCCCUGAAGCCCAGGAGAAGCAUGGGGGGUUGGGGGUGCAGAUCGAGAGGAAGGCCUGCACCUCCAUGCGCUUCUGCCCAGUACAUGGUUCCUGGAGCUCGUGGAGUGUGUGGUCGGAGUGUGACGUGUGUGGCGGGGUGUCUGUCAGGAGGAGGGAGUGUAACAGCCCCCCCGCUCGUUUCGGUGGCCUGCCCUGCCACGGACCCAGCCAGCAGAGCAGCCGCUGCCAUGACAACGCCACCAUCUGCUCCGACUGUCGGGGGGGUCAGGAACACUGGCCUUGUGGGAAGCCCUGUCCUCGUUCAUGCUCGGAUCUCCAUGGCGACACAGAAUGCAUUGACACCCCAGACUGCAGUCCGAACUGUGGUUGCCCAGGCGGCCAGGUUCUGCAGGACGGCGUGUGUGUGGAGCGUGAACUCUGCCGCUGCAAGUUCCACAACAGAACCACAGAUGGGCUGGAUUCUGGGAACGCCUCCUGGGUGUGGCCGGGCCAAUCAGAUUGGCAGUAUGCAAAUCCGGGAGACACCCUCAUCAGUGACUGUAACAACUGCUCCUGUGACGCUGGAGUUCUUCACUGUCAAUCAGUUCCAGGUUGCCAUGUCGACGGGGCGUGGAGCCAAUGGGGUGGCUGGUUUGAAUGUUCCGUCCCCUGUGGAGGCGGAGUCAGGCUGCGCUGGAGACACUGCGGGGGAGGGGAGCAGUCUCGCACCCGGUCCUGCCAAACACCCCCCUGUACCGGCCUAAAGCGCCAGAGCAAGACCUGCAACACCCAGGUGUGCUUGGAAGUGGGGUGCCCUCCGGGUCGACUGUACCAUGAGUGUGAGCGAGGAGGGGGCUGCCCCUUCAACUGUGCCCAGGUCAGUGGGCGUGAGGGCUGUUUCUCAGAGGGGUGCGAGGAGGGGUGCCACUGCCCCCCCAACACCUACCAACACCAUGGAGCAUGUGUACAGGAAUGCCCAUGUCUGGUGGACAAGGAACUACUGGCCUCAUUACAGAAUGUGUCAGUUACCCCGGAGAUGACCCCUGACCUUCAGAACAUCACAGAGGGGGCAGAGCUGAUGUCUGGAGAAGCCCUGCUGUAUGAGUGCAGUAACUGCUCCUGUGAGCAUGGCCUGUGGAACUGCUUGUUUGUCCCUUGUCCGCAAGAUGGAGGCCUGUCCCCCUGGUCGUCCUGGUCAUCCUGUUCGCUCACCUGUGGGGGUCUGGGGCUGAAGACGCGAAUCCGCAGCUGCUCCAACCCCACCCCUGCACAUGGCGGGCGUGACUGCCAGGGGGCGCUAGAGGAGACCACCUACUGCCAGGCCCCAGACUGUCCCGUGGUGACCAUACCUACAGUGGAACCUCAGCUGCCUGACGAGGAUGCUGGCUUCUCUAAGUGGUCAUCCUGGACUCCGUGUUCUAAGACCUGCACAGACGCCCGCGCGCCAGUUCUGAAGUUCCGCCACAGGGAGUGUGAGACGGCUCCGUGUUCUGGAGAGACCCAACAGCAGAGGGCCUGUAACCUGCCCCAAUGCCCAGGUGUGGAGAUGUGUGUUGGGGAAGAGUGUGAGAGGAGGAACUGCUCCUGGACAGAGUGGGAGGAAUGGACGCCCUGUUCUCGCUCUUGUGGGGUGGGGCAACAGCAGCGCCUUCGCACCUUCAUGCCCCCGGGGACAAAUGGCACCUGGUGCGCGGACAUCCUUGGGGGCAACACUGACGCUCGCUUCUGCAACAUCCGCGCCUGCCGCGUGGAUGGGGGCUGGUCUCGCUGGAGCCCGUGGUCCCGCUGUGAUAAGCGCUGUGGAGGGGGGCGCUCCAUGAGGACCCGCUCCUGCUCCAGUCCCCCUCCCAAAAACGGGGGACGCAAGUGUGAGGGCGAGAAGAACCAGGUGAAGCCCUGCAACACCAAACCCUGUGACGAGCGUGGCUGCCCGCCAGGCCAGGAGUUUGUGGCCUGCGCCAACGAGUGCCCGCAGCGCUGCUCAGAUCUACAGCAGGGCAUCCAGUGCCAGGGAAACACAGAGUGCCAACCAGGCUGCCGCUGCCCGCGAGGUCAGCUGCAGCAGGACGGCGUGUGUGUGAAGCUGUGGCAGUGUGACUGUGUGGACUCUCUGGGCCAGAGCUGGGCGGCGGGCAGCACACACCAGGUCGACUGCAACAACUGCAGCUGCGCAGACGCCGUGCUCUCCUGCACCAACAACAGCUGCAUCGCCGAGCCCAGCUGCUCCUGGAGCUCCUGGUCCAACUGGGCCUCCUGCAGCACCACCUGUGGGUCUGGAGGACAGAGGACACGCUUCAGAUCCUUCAUUCCUGAGACCCCUGACGCUGGCUGUCAGUUUGAGGAAGUGCAGCACAAGCCAUGUGACCCGGGACCCUGCCCGCCCCUCUGUUUCCAUGACGACCGGCAGCUGUCAGUGGGAGACACAUGGUUACAGGGGGAAUGUAAACAAUGCACCUGCACUCCAGAGGGGGAUUACUGCCAAGACAUUGACUGCAGGGUGGACGGAGGCUGGACCCCGUGGUCCAUGUGGUCAGCCUGUCCCGUCACGUGUGGACACGGCACGCAGGUCCGGAGCCGAGCGUGCAUCAACCCUCCGCCCCGGAAUAAUGGAUCGGACUGCUCUGGCCUGGAAAGGGAUGCCCAGGAAUGCCAGGCCAAACCCUGCCUUGACGACCUUUGUCCCUGGUCACCAUGGUCGGCGUGCUCUCGCAGCUGUGGGGCGGGCGUGGUGUUGCGCCGUCGGAGGUGUGUGUGUGAGGAGGAGGGAGAAAACGCCUGUCCCCCUGACAUAGAGACACACAGGGACACACAGGAGACCCAGCUGUGCUACUCCAGGCCAUGUGCAGAGUGUCCGAUGUCGGAGUGGAGUGAGUGGUCAGACUGCUCCUGUGUGUCUCAGUGGCAGCAGCGCCACCGUGCACCUCUCUCUCCUGCCAGCAGGGGGCAGCAAUGCUCAGAGCUGGAGACAGACAGCAGGGUCUGCCAACCCGAAAACUGCCAGGACUGCGAGGAGCCAUUCCAGUUCUCUGAGUGUGGCUACCCGUGCCAGAAGCACUGUGUCCUGCAGGCCCAGGCCCAGGCCCAAGCCUGCGUCGGGGAACAGAGGUGCACUCCGGGCUGCUACUGCCCUCAGGGCUUGCUGCAGCAGAAUGGGACGUGUGUUCGGCCGGAGCAGUGCGGCUGUGUGCACCUCAUCCAUCAGGGAACCGAGAGACCCAUCACCGUUACCCUCCUACAGGGGGCACUAGUCAGCGUGGGCUGCAGCACCUGUCUGUGCCAUGACGGGGUGCUGCAGUGUGACACUCGAGAGUGUGAGGUCUCUGUGAGUGAGUGGUCAGAGUGGACGCCCUGUUCUCCUUGUGCCCCUGUGUCUCAAGUGCGUCUGUCCACACUGUCCCAGCUGGGUAGUGCCCAGGUGGUGUCGGUCCAGCGGCGGUACCGGGCCUGCCUGGACCUGGACACAGGGCUGCCCGUGGUCGGAGAGGAGGGCCAGUGCCCAGAGGAGCUGGAGGAGGAGAGGCUCUGCCCCGACCCAGACGCCUGCAGAGAUCUGUGCCAGUGGAGUGUUUGGGGGCCAUGGAGUGGAUGUCAGGACCCCUGCAGUGGUGGAUUCAGGCACAGACAUAGACAGCCCCUCGCCGACCCCCUAGGACCCGAGUGCCGCAGACAACUGACUCAGACUCAAAGCUGCAAUACUGGCCUCUGCCCAGGAGAGCGCUGUGAGGACCGGGGCCGUGUGUAUGAGUCCUCAUGUGCCAACCAGUGUCCACGGAGCUGCACUGAUCUGUGGGAACACGUCCAGUGUCUGCAGGGGGUCUGCCAUUCAGGUUGCCGUUGUCCAGAUGGCUGGCUGCUGCAGGAUGGUGUGUGUGUGUUAACAUCGGACUGCCGCUGUGGCGCCCCCUCCGAUAACGGCACUCUGGAGAUCAGCCCCGGGCACAACGUCACCGUGGACUGCAACACCUGCAUGUGUGAGAAUGGCUCUCUGGUGUGCACCAAUCACCGCUGCCCUCUGAUUGGUCCAUGGGGACCAUGGAGCAGUUGCUCCGCCUCCUGUGGGUGGGGUGACAGGGUCCGGACCCGCCCCUGCCAGCAGAGGCCUGGUGGGCCGCCCUGCAUCGAAACCAGCCAGAACCAGACCCAGACCUGCUCACUGCCAGCCUGCCCAGCUGGUUGUGAGCUGAGCGACUGGUCAUCUUGGAGCGAGUGUAGCGCCACCUGUGGGGGGGGAGUGUCGGUGCGCAAUAAGACCAUUCUACAGGAGCCAGAGCCUGGGGGACAGAUGUGUCCAUCACCACUGGAGCAACACAUGGCCUGCAACACCAACAGCUGUCUACCAGAGUGUCCUGCUGGCCAGGUGUUCAGCACCUGCGCAGGUAAGUGCCCCUACACCUGUGAGGACCUUUGGACGGAAGCCCAGUGCGUGCCUGGAGCCUGCAUCCCAGGAUGCACCUGCCCCCCUGCCACGGUGUUUCACAACGGCACGUGCGUCCCCAUCUCGGAGUGUCCCUGCUCUUCGCUCUCCUUACUCCUGGGGACCCCGAACGCCACGCUGCACUACCCCAAAGAGGAAGUCCCUUCAGGGACAGUACUCGCACACCUCUGCAAUGCCUGUGUGUGCACAGGAGGAGUGUUCCGCUGCACGGAAGACCCAUGUGACGUGGACUGCGAGUGGGGCAGCUGGUCCGAGUGGACCCCCUGCUCAGCCAGCUGUGGCUCCGGACAGCAGAGAGCAAACCGGACCAUCCUGCAGGCUCGGCAGUAUGACGGAGCGGGGUGUGAAGGUCCAGAGGUCCGAGCCAGAACCUGUGCAGCACCUGACUGUGUGUGUCCUGAGGGGGAGGUCUGGCGUCGGCCUGACUCAGGUUCUGGUUCAGGUCCUGGUGCUGGAGGUGAGCUGUGUGAGCGCACCUGUGAGGACAUGUACCUGAGCUCCCCUCUCAACUGCACCGACGCCAACGGCAACCAUAGCGAGGGCUGUGUGUGUGAGGAGGGACAUUACCGUGACAACCAGGGCCACUGUGUAAUCCCGGCGUUGUGUCCGUGUGACAACGAUGGGAGGCUGAGAGAUGCUGGUUCAGAGUGGGAGAAGGAGUGUCAGCUGUGCCGCUGUGUUAAUGGCCAGAAGAGAUGCCAGUCAGUCUGUCCUCCUUUACAGUGUAAAGAGGGUGAGGUGAAGGUGCUGGAGGGAGGGAGCUGCUGCCCAGUGUGCAUGAAGGAAUUCCCAGGGGAGCCAGAGGCAGAGUGCCGCCGCUACACCGAGGUUAGAAACAUCACCAAGGGCGACUGUCGCCUCGACAACGUGGAAGUCAGCUCCUGCAGGGGGCGCUGUUUGUCCAGAACCGACGUCAUCCUGGAGGAGCCUUACCUGCAGGCGGUGUGUGACUGCUGCAGCUACCGGCUGGACCCUGAGCGUCCAGUGCGCUUCCUCAGCCUGCUCUGCUCCAGUGGGGACAGCGAGCCCGUCGUCCUGCCCGUCAUACACAGCUGCGAGUGCACCAGCUGCCAGGGAGGAGAUCUGUCAAAGCGCUGAAGAGGAGUGUGGACAAGAGGACUGCUGUCAGAUGUUGUGCUUGCUGCCCUGUGGAGUGUACUCUUCUAGCCUUGAGUCAUUAUAUGACUGGUUUCCCUUUCCUAGAGUGCCUUCUGAAACUCUGAGAUGAUAUACAAUAGCACUGCGUCAUCACGGCGCCUUUUUGUGACUGUGUUGUAUUACAGUUGGAAAGAACUAUUUUAUACUCUUUUAUUACUGUGUUGUAUUACAGUUGUCAAGAACUUUUAUUACUGCUGAUAUGUUGUUGUUCUGAAUCUUUACACUUAAAGCAUUCACUCCUCUGUCAACACCAAUAAACCACAUCCUCUAAAAUA